AUGAUUAUGUAGUAUGCUAUAAAAACAAAUGGAUUUGCUAUAAUUGAAUUCGAUAUUGAAAAUCAAUUAUAAGCAAUUUCUGAAUAAAUGAAAAUAGAUGCUACAAGAGUAUACAACCCAGUUUUGCUGCCAUACGAUUUUGAUUAAAGUAUUGACGGAGAAUUUUAUUUAGCUGGAAAUGGUCUCACUUUUAACGAUAUCAAUAACCCUGAUUAAAGGGGUUCAUUAAUUCAAUCGAUCGGUAUAAUACCUAGGUGGAUGCUAAAAAGUGAUGUUUCAGUUUAAUAGAUAGAUUAAGUAUCUACUUGCCCAACUAGUGCUCUAAUCUUAUUCUUUACAUAUACAAUAUUCAUGGUAUUAAAGGAGACACAGUAUAGUAUAUUCAAAGUUUAAAUUUUCUCAAAUGAUACAGCUACCUAUUUCUCAAUUUUUCUAAACGAUAAUACUGCUAACUAUUUGUUAAUCUAUGAUGCUUUCAUUAAAACUGAUAAAAUUUACUUGUUUGAUUCAGAUGUGCUUUCUUUUCCACUUGAACCAUUCACUCUACUUGAUUCUUAAUGUUCGGAUGUGACAAUAAUAUAUUCCUUUGAUACAAAUGAUCCAGGUGUUAAAAGUAUGAUCAGUUUUAAUUUGUAGUCAUUUAUAAUGUCAGUACAGACUUCUAACUAUCGAUUGCCUGGCAAUCAUGACAUUAAAUUGAUUGGAAAAAUUGAUUCUUAAACGAUAUAGACUAUUUUCUAAUUAACUUUAAUCUCAUCUGAAGGAGCAAACCUAGUUGCUUCAACUAUACCAAAUAUAGAAUAUAUGACUGGGAAUCAAUUAUAAGUUUAAUAACUUCCGAAUUUCACAACAUCAACAGUUUAUCCAAUAAUAUACUUUUUGACAACUUAGGAUUAUCAAGGAUACGAUUAAUCCUUUAUAUCUUUUAACAAUGGAACAAGCAACAAUACUAUCGUUAUAUUUACAAAUGAUAUGACAAAAGCUGGUACAUACUAUAUGUCUAUUAUUGGAAAAUUUACUAGAAACGCUCAAACUUAGCAAUGGUCUAAUUUUACAAUUGAGAUAAUUGAUAAGUGUGUUUAUUAGAUUACUGAGUUUUCGAAGAAUAUGUCUGAUUGUGGUGAUUUCAUGUAUGAGUUAAAUUCGGGAGAUUUUAAUGGUCUAGUUCCAAUACCUAUAAUAUUUGAUUAAAAUCUCAAAGAGAUUGUUGUUUAGACUCAAAAUCAAGCUAUGAUUAAAAAUUAUUCAGUAGAUCUUAAAGGAUAUUACUUAAAUGGCUACAGAGAAGCCUCUACUAAUUUUUAAGUUUAGAUAAAAUGUAAUGUAGAGAGUUUAUUUGGCUAAGUACCUAAAAGUUCCUAUAUAUAUAAGCAUGGAUAAGCUAACAGUGAAACUGUGAUCAUUAAUCCUUUUGUAUAAACACCUAAUUGUGGAUAUUCUGUCAAGUAUUUGGCUGGGAUUUUACCAGAUUUUGUAGAAACUUCACUGGAUAAUCUAACUUAUUCAAUAGUCAUUAAACCUGAAUCAGUUGCAGGUUCAUACAAUAUUGAAAUAACAGGCAAUUAAGAAGGAGGCCAAACAAACAGUUUCUCAAGAUGCAUUAAGACUUUAAAGUAUUUAAACAUAUUUUUCUCAAAUUAAGAAUAAAACUUAUAGAUAUUCAAAUCACAAUAAAAACGGGAUAAUCAGUUGAAUAUAAUCUUCCAAGUGACUUAGAACUAAUUUAGCCUCUUUAGAUAAAUUCUAUAGACUUAACUCACAAAAAUUACAAUGACAGGGAUUUUAUAAUAAAAAAUAUUACUUCUGCGAUAAUUUCACCUCAUGGUAAUCAUGUCGGAGAACACUAACUUUAAGCUACUUCAGACCAAGCUAGGUGGAAGACCAUUACUGAUUGCUCAAAUUGCGAUGUAUCUUUAAGAAUUCAAGAAUUAUCAGAAUUAUUUAGACUAAAUUCAAAUGAAUCCAAUUGACACUACCAUUUAGUCUCCAAUUUUACUAAGUAUGUGA